CGUGGUCAAGCAGCAGCAACAUUGGCGUGGUCGGUAGCUUUACACUAACGGCCACACGGUGUAUCAUCACGCAAGAUGAUGAACGAAGAAUCUUCAUCGCCCGCUAGCAGUAAUGUGGUAGCACAAUUCUUUAAGCGAUUAGGACAGAUUUAUCAGCUUCAGCUGGACAAAUGGACACCGCACACGAAGGUACGGUGGGCGGCCGCCCUCGGCUUGAUCGGUCUCUUUCUCCUGCGGGUAUUCACCAAACAGGGCUGGUACAUUGUAACGUACGCGCUCGGCAUUUAUCAUCUAAAUCUAUUUAUCGCUUUCCUGACGCCGAAAAUCGAUCCGGCAUUCGAUUUGGACGAUGACCAAGGUCCCGAGCUGCCGACGAAGGCAAACGAAGAGUUUCGACCAUUCAUCCGGCGGUUACCGGAGUUUAAGUUUUGGUACGCCAUCAGCAAAAGUACGGUGAUCGGUAUCAUCUGUACGUUUUUCGACAUGUUCGAUGUGCCGGUCUUUUGGCCAAUACUGGUGCUUUACUUCAUCACGCUGUUCUGCAUUACGAUGAAGCGGCAGAUAAAGCAUAUGAUUAAAUACCGAUACCUGCCGUUCACCCAUAGUAAGCCCCGCUAUCAACCGGUAGCGACGGAAAAGUGACAAUUAAAAGCACAAACUCUACCAGCAUCCUCGUCCACGUCCUCGCUAGCGUCGGUGUCCGGCGUUGGUGGUGUGUCACCGGUUCCAACCGC